CUGAAAUUGCAUUUUCUCCUUCCUAGCUCUCACGUUGCCUCUCGAUCUUCCUUUGGGUUCAAUCCUUUCCUUCCAUUUAUUAAGAUAUUAAAUGAAGCAUUAAAAUAUUACUAGUAUACAUCUUCAUUAUUUGAUAGGAAAUGUUUCAUGCUAUUACAACAUAGUUACGUGGGCAACAUGCCAUGCAUGGCCCAUGCAAUAGUUCCAUCUUUGUUUACUAGUUGUACGCACUGGUCAUUGUCAUAUGUAUAUCAAGGACUCCAAUGCUCUACAUAAUAAUAAGAGAAGAUCACAUCUUCAGUUUGUGAGGCCAGGGUUAUACUUCAAAAGACCAAGUGAACCUAUGGACAUGUUUCACGAACUCCACAAUGAUGAAUCAACAUUUCAUUUGAUAGAUAUAGCUUCAAGUUGUGGAAAAGGUGACAUAUAUGUGAAGCAUGGUUUGGAUGAAGUUGAACUAAUUUUUCCUUCACCGGCCCCAACUGAAGUAGUACCUCAAGUGGUUGAAGAAAUAAAUGUCAAUACAGAGGAAGCACGGGGUGAUUCACCUUCACCAACUUAUCCAGAGGGUGAAGCAGGUUAUGAGAGAGAGGCACUGGUUGAAUCGGCUUCUGAGACUACAAGGUGAGCCACCUUCUGAAAGUGAUGCAGAGGGUGAGGCAACUUCUGAA